AUGGCCGAAGCCGCUCUCUUCAUCAAGCACAAAUCUGACAGUCACAGCAACCCUUUCAUGAUGUCUCACUCAGGCUACCUCAACAACCACUUUGGCAACCCCAACGAAGGGGUGGAUCCCUCGGACUUGACCAUGCAACAGAAUGGCUUCGUGCCCUUCUCGUACGGAUCGCAACAGAACAUGUCCUCCAGCUUCAACUUUGGCAACUCCGGGAUUGAUACCGAUGAACUGCUGGACCUGGAGAUCAGUGGGCAGAACGGCGUGCAUCGCGACAACAACGUCAACUACAUGCAGGACCAGUCGGGAGGGAUCGCCAUGAGUCACCAGAGCCAGAUGUCCCAUCUGUACUCGAACACGCCCGACAACGCCCCGAUGGCGAGUCCCUUUGUGAACAACAGUUUCAACUACGAACAGUUCCGGAUGAACCAGCAGAAUCACCAUUUGCACCAUGCCAACUCGUUCGAUCAGAACUAUCUGAAUGCCAAACCCCGCCCAAGCCUGCAGGCCAUGGAUCGCACCUCCUCCGACACGCGGAGCCCCAUGACCCCCAAGACGCCCGCCUUGGGCUCCCUGACCCUGGGUACCCCGGAAUCCGGCAGCUUCCCGGGCCAGCCGAUCCGCACUACUGGCAUUCAACAUCGCCACCAGAAGAGUCUCUCCAAUCAGUGGGACGGGACACCGGGAAGUGCCCAGUCCUACAUCGACUCCCCCCUCGGCUCGCCCAACUUGCAUCCGCACCAACUGGGCAUCUCGGAGAUCAUUCAGUCUGGCAAGCAUGCAUCCCUGCCAGCCAAGGUCGACAAUGGACACCCUCCCGGGAGUGUGCAGGAUCUCGAAUCUCAGGAGGCCAAGCGUCGCCGACGUCGUGCGUCACACAAUCUCGUGGAGCGUCGCCGCCGCGACAACAUCAAUGAGCGUAUCCAGGAUCUCUCGCAUCUGGUGCCCCAGCACCGACUGGAGGACGACAAGGUACGCAAGCAGCUGGUCAACAGCACUGCGCUCUCAAUGGUGGGCGCCGGCAGCAAUGCCGCCACUUCCCUCCUUGCCGGUGGCAACGGCCGUCGUGCAACCCCGGGCAACAUCACCAUGGGUCUCCCCAUCGAGGAUAAGGAGAAGGGACCCAAUAAGGGAGACAUCUUGAACGGCGCGGUCAGCUGGAUGCGCGAUCUCAUGUGGGCACUGCACGUCAAGUACCAGCAAGAGGCGGAGCUCGCCGAGAUGAUCAGCAGUCUGGGCGGCACCUGGCCGUUUGAGCCCACCGAGGAUGAGAAGCGCAUGCGCAGUGAGAUUCUCGAUGCCUUGGAGAAGAAUGAUCCGUCCUCGUUCAGUUACACCCGGGGUCCGGGGAGCGGCCUGCGUGUUCCCAAGCAUACGAACUUGGCGGGUGACCCCGUCGGCAGCGACGGCUUGACACCGCCCGGCCUGAGCCCUUCGUUCCACAGCGGUGGCAGCAGCUCCAACGGUGGAGGCCAACAACAAUACUGGAACAGCGCGGGUCACGCGGCCAUGAGCUUCAAGGAGGAAGAUGAAUACGGGAUGGAGAUGAACUAG